AUGGAACGACCCCCUUCGCGGUCUUCUUAUGGAAGAACCGCUUCUCGAUCCUCUACAAGCACAACCAAUACCAGAGCUACAAUGCAUACCGCUCAUAGCGCUUUGUCUUCGUCACAAGCUCCUGGAUCUCCCAAUCUUUCUCAAUCGCAACACUCACACCGACUGUACCAUGCGACUUGUCAAAGACCAUCCAGUACCAUUCCCCGAACAACAACGCGGACGCCACGCUUGACUCGAGAGGCUAGCAGCGAGUCAACACGGCAAACCGUCAUAUCAUCAUUCCUUCAAGAGAAGCUUCAGCAAUCGCGCAUGGCUGAGAGCGACCGAUCGACGACAUGGUCACGCAGCACUGAUGUCAACUCUUCAGGCGAGUUUAGUCGGAGCCUUGGUUCUCCUAUUAAGAAUAUGGAGGCCGAUGGACGACCUAAUUCUGCCGCUGGAAGUGAAUCCAACAAAAAGAAUGGACGGGGGGUAAAGGAUAUGGAACAGGUCAUAUCAUCACUUCACAAGAAGAACUUUGACCUCAAACUAGAACUGUACCACCGCCGGGAACGACAGAAGGCAUUGGAAGACAAGGUCGAAUCCCUCGAGGUGGAAAAGUCACGAGCUGAAGAGAUGAACGACCACCUUUCUCAAGAGUUAGAGAAGCGCGAUAAGGCAAUUGAGGAGGCUGUUGCUAUGAUCGUGACGCUCGAAGCCAGACUUGAGCAAUAUACCAAAGAACGUUCCAUCAUCGAGCAGCUUGAAGCCGAAGGACAAUACGCCGCACCAACAUUCGACCCAUGCUAUGAAGAUCCCAGACCGGCCACUCAAUCGCCGGAUAUGAUGAAGCAAAUGGGAAGUGGCAAGGCCAUCAAUCGCAUGCCGAGUUUCCUCUCCGACCACAGCGAGACAACGGAGAACCUACGAAAUGUCUAUCUUGGUACCAGGGGUAGCAUUCUCAGUCUUGCGCAAGUCCCUGAAGGCUCUAAUGAAGCUGAUAACGGCCGUAACACAGCCCUGGGCAGCCCAAGCCUGAGCGUUUUGAGCGAGAGCUCUUUUGUCAGCGUGUAUGGAUCCAAAGAGCAUGACAGCAGUGGCAUACAAGAUGUGGACGAGCCUCUUGCUCUUGAUGGUGCUGAUAGUCUUCCAGCUCAGGCUAGUACUAUCAACAGGCCAAAGACGGCCUUUGUCAAGUCGCAUGCCUCACCUAAUAGAUCAACUCGAUCGAACUCUCUCUCGACUCAUCAAGCGCAGUUUGAUUCGAUCAAUAACGUAAUCGAGUAUAACUCUCCUGCACGAAAGAGUGAGCGAAGCUACACUUCGAAGAAGGUGGAAGAACGACCUCAAGGUCGGGAUAGGGAUGGAGCCGAUGUGUUUACUGGUCGUUCUGCUAUGCCCGUCAACCACCGACGUACCAAGGAGGAGAAGCGUGAAUCCCUUCGAAGAGUCAUCACAGAUGCUCCUGGUGGUGUCAGGCUACAUGAUCAGAAUCUGCCACCAACGCCGGACACCAUUUCUACGUCAACCUUGCGACGGUUCCAGAAUUCCAGUGACACAUUGUCCAAGCAUCCCACAAUGCAACGAAGCCACGGUGCUCUUUCGGAGACAUCUGACAAUGAAGGAAGCAUGGGAAUGCACUCGGGUGUUCAACUACAGGAACCCAUACGUGCAGUCAAGGCUUCGGCUCAUAUUAUCGAUCUGAACAACAGAGCUUACGCCGAGAACCGGGGAAGGUCUAUCCAGCGUCCCCGAUCCGCUGACGAAACUACCAUAUCGAACCGACGAGGAAAUGAUUGGGAUAGCGAUACCGACGAAUCAGACGUAGAUUCCCUCGAUUCGAGCCUCGAUAUCUGGAUGCGCGAGAGCGCCAAGCCUAAUAAGAACGGUGGGCGAACCUCGCCUGAUCUGUUCAGCUUUCCUUCGAGCGCGACCAAGGGUGGCUGGUCGAUGGAAGCCAUGUACGGCGCUGGAGGUGCAAGCAUAGGCACCGACUCUGAAAUGAUCAGAAAUCUAUUCCCCGUCCAGCAGGAACUCUUCUCGGCCUCACUGCCUCCACCACCUCCCAACAGACGAUCGAGCCUGAAUGCUCAGACAGUAGCACAGCUCAAGAUCUCUAACCCCGGUCGUCCACCUACCAAUCCGAAAGCCUCUAAGUCGGGUCGUAAGAAGGGACAUCAGAGGAGGAACAGCGACGACAUUCAGAUGAGAGCGGAAAUGCAGGCUCAAGGACCGCCUGCCGGGGAACAGAAGAAGAACCAUUAUCCACCCAUUUCAGGCCAGCCAGCUCAGAACAAGUUCGCAAAGUUCUUCCGCCGAUCGUCAACUACUGCCCCGUCCCCGACUCCAACGGAGACUGGACCUACUGAACCACCAAGCAAUGGACUCUCCUCAAGCGUUAAUGGCGCAUCAGGACUUCCGCCAUGGAUCAGCCGAACGGGCGUGGCAGACGAAGACCGCGACAGUGCGACACCACCACCAAUCAUGCGAAGCUCCCGCCACGGUCGACAUACCUCCAUUGACGUGGGCGACGACUCCAUCAUGAGCCAGGAGCCAGGGACCCCAGGUACACCAAGGAUGGACAGGGACGCUUCAGAGCAAGUAGAUAGCCCCAGAGCGGGAGGCAAGAGAAGGUGGUUCGGUCUUAAAAAUAAACAAGGCUAG